AUGAAUGAUAUUGCAAUCGUUGGAUACUCAUUCAAGCUCCCUCAGGGCGUGGAGCAUGAUGAUGCCUUUUGGGAUGUUCUCGAGAACCAACGAAACUUGAUGACCGACUGGCCCGAGAGUCGUGUCAAGACAGAUUCAUUUGCCAACAACAAGCAUCAGAAGUGGAAUGGAAAGGGAGGGCAUUUCAUCGAAGACGAUGUCGCCGCCUUCGACGCUCCCUUCUUCUCACUCACGGCCAAAGAAGCUUCGGCCAUGGAUCCGAUGCAGCGCUGGACGCUGGAAGCUACUUACCACGCUUUCGAGAAUGCGGGUCUCUCCGUUGACAGUCUCAAGGGCUCUCGCACUGCCGUCUUCUCGGCUUCUAUGCUGGAGGACUACAGCAGAAUGACGGCCGUGGACCCAGAUAACUUGGAGCGAACGGCUGUGACUGGAAGUACUGUCUCGUGUAUUAUUCCGAACCGUGUCAGUUGGUACUUUGACCUUCGUGGGCCAAGUAUUCACGUCAAUACUGCUUGUUCUAGUAGCUUGUCGGCUGUUGAUAUGGCCUGCAAAGCUCUGAAGAGCGGCGAUGCUUCAUGUGCUGUGGUGACCGGCGCAAACCUUCUUCUUGACCCUAGCAUCUUCCAGGUUCUGGCUAACCAGGGCUUUCUCUCGCCUGAUGGCGUUUGCUAUAGCUUUGAUGAACGGGCCAACGGGUAUGCACGAGGUGAAGGAGUUAUUGCCGUUGUUCUGAAGCCUGUACAAGCUGCGAUUGAGAAUGGUGAUAUGAUUCGAGCUGUGAUCCGAUCGAUUGGCUCGAACCAGGAUGGCCAUACCCCGAUUCUCACACAGCCAAGCUCUCAAUCUCAGGAAGAGCUGAUCCGGCAUGUUUACAAGCAAGCUGGUUUGUCGAUGAGGGAGACUCGCUAUGUGGAAGCUCACGGCACGGGUACUCCCGUCGGUGAUCCAAUCGAGGUCAAAGCUAUCAGGCGGUGCUUUCAAGAACAUCGUUCUCAUUCGGAACCACUCUACGUUGGUUCAGUGAAAGCAAACAUAGGGCAUCUUGAAGGAGCCAGUGCACUUGCAAGUCUGGUCAAAUGCAUCUUGAUACUUGAGAAAGGAGUCAUCCCUCCCAACGCGCUUCUUCGAAAGAUGAAUCCAGCACUGAACGCGGACUCAUACAACAUCACCGUACCAACGAUGACCAUCGAGUGGCCUGCCGAAGGCCUCCGUCGGGUAUCUCUCAACUCUUUCGGGUUUGGGGGCUCAAACUCUCACAUAGUUCUUGACGAUGCACUUCACUACUUACAGGAUCGUGGCCUCAGCGGUAUCCAUAACACAGCCCUCUUCGUAAGGCCUGCAACAAACGGUUCAGGUAUUACCAAUGGAUAUGGUGCAGCUCAUACCAACGGGACUAACGGAACUAAUGGUGUCGCAAAUGGUCACUCAGACGUCGAAAGUCACAAGCUUCUAGUAUGGACUGCUGCCGACGAAAAGGCAGCCAAGAGAACUAUCGAAGCUUACGACAAAUUUUACAACCAGAAGGUGUCAGGGAACAGUAAGAAUCUCGAGUUUCUGGUAUCUACUCUUAGUACACGCCGAAGUAACAUGCUUUGGAGAGCUUCUGCCGUAGUUGAAGGGUCAACCAAGCAAGCAUUGUUGUCUUCAAAGCCUAUUCGAAGCUCAGAGGACCUUGGCCUGGCUUUUGUGUUUACAGGUCAAGGCGCGCAGUACAUUAAUAUGGGCCUGGGUCUUGAACAGUAUGCUGUCUACCGGAAGACUCUAGAGAAGAUCAGCAAGAUCUAUUCCAGUUUUGGGUGCUCGUGGAACCUAUUUGGCGAGCUUAGAUGCAGAGAAAAUAUCAACUUGCCUCAGCAUAGCCAGCCGCUUGCAACCGCUGUGCAGAUUGCCUUGGUCGAUCUGCUCGCUAGCUUCGGUAUCACUCCCAAGGUGUUGAUUGGCCAUUCUUCAGGUGAGAUUGCUGCAGCAUAUGCAUCCGGCGGACUGUCUCUAAAAUCCGCUUGUAGAGUGUCCUACUUCCGUGGUCUUUUGGCUGGAAAGCUAAGAGAGGCCAACACAUCAUCUCCCGGCGCCAUGCUGUCCAUUAACCUUGCACCGCAUCACGUCUCGGAGUAUCUGGAGAAAACAAGUGUCACUACAGUCAAUGUUGCAUGCAUCAACAGUCCGCUCAACGUCACUCUCUCGGGGACCAAAGAGGCUAUCGACAAGGUCAAAUCUCAGGCUGAUCAAGAUGGCAUCUUUGCGCAGAAACUCAAUACCGGGGUUGCAUAUCACUCACCAUCCAUGAAAGCCAUCGCGAGCGAGUACCUUGCUGCACUGGAGCGACUCACCAAGAGAAAGGAUGGGACUAGUAUCCCAAUGGUCUCGUCUGUCACUGGCAAAAGGAUUUAUCCAGAGAUAUUGUCGACUGGCCAAUACUGGGUAGACAACAUGCUAUCACCUGUUCGAUUCGCCGAAGUAGUGCAGGUCAUUGUGAACAAGAACUCAGCACGCAAACUUGGCUUGGUUAACAUAACUGACUUGAUUGAGAUUGGUCCUCAUCCAGCUCUUCGAAGGCCCGUGAAAGACACCUUGAGUGACAUGUCCGUUGCGGCCAAUGGAGUACGAUACAACUAUGUCUUGCAUAGAUCGCACCCGGCAGCUCAAACCACCCUCGAACUGGCUGGACAGCUAUUCUGCCAAGGCUAUCCCGUUUCCAUCUCGGCAGUCAACCAAAAAAACAAGAAGGAGAACUUUCUGGUCGAUUGUCCCAAGUAUCCAUUCGACAGAUCACAGCGAUACUGGGCUGAAUCACGUAUCAGUAGAGACUUCAGACUACGGGAGGCUGUCAAGGGAGAGUUGCUUGGGGUGAGGGUUUCUGACUGGAACCCACUAGAGCCUCGAUGGAGGAACUUUUGGAGCAUUGACUCAUCUCCUUGGACUGGAGAUCACAAGAUUAGUGACACUGUCCUGUUUCCAGCAUCUGGCAUGCUCCUCAUGGCUAUUGAGGCUGCUCAAGAGAUGAUUCCAUCUGGCCAUGCUGCCUCUGGGUAUAACAUUGAGAAAGCUGAGUUUAUGAACCCAAUAAUUGUGCCAGAAACUUGGGAGGAUCGUCUCGAGACCCAGGUCCGCCUGCGAGUUGCCGACACGCAGCAUGAUGCAAAGUUCGACAUCAGCAUCUUCACGUACUCACGCAUUGAGUGGGUCGAGUGCUUCACUGCGAACAUUUCGAUCGAAUAUCAGGAUACAGAUAGGUACGAGAAGCGGCAAGUGAACCACGAGCACAUACGGGGUCAGUAUCAGAAAUUAGCUGAGAUGUGUACUUCACCCAUCGACUCUCGCGUCUUUUACCAUGAUGCGGCAGAGGUUGGACUGCAGUAUGGCGAUUGGUUCCAGCUGAUGCGCAACAUCAAGUGGGAUGGUGAGAACUCAUCAGUGGCAAGCGUUGAUUUACCACAGCCAAAGUUCACUACCAAGGGCCUAGUCCAUCCAGCUGUGCUCGACCAAGCCUUCCAAGUUCUUCGAGCUGGCUCUGGUCAGCAACCCGCAGCCAAUGUCCCCAUAAGACUCGAAAAUGCAUGGUUCGCCUCCAAAGCAUGGAAAACACCCUCGAUUCAGUGGAUGUGCAGCGCGACUCCGACUGUUCACGGUUACGGAGAGCAAGGCGAGGUGGUGGCUUUGGCUGACGAUGGAGAAGUCCUUUGCUGCAUCGAGCGUGCAGUUACAUCUGCUGUCUCGGGUGGAAUAACCCAAAAGGAGAAGAAGCUGGUUUAUUCGAUUGAGUGGAAGCCACAUUUCAGCAUGCUUGGUCCAGACCAACUUACACGAUUAUGCGCCGCUCAUGCUGUGCCGAAAGACGACAAUGCAGUCCUGAAGAAUCACUCGAAGCUCUGUCGUACACUUGAGCUCGUAGCUGCUCGUGUACUGAAGCGUAUAGACAACUCCAAAGUCCCAACAGACUUGCAGCGUCAAGUCCAGUGGAUGGAACACCACGUUAGCAAGCUAUGCCCUGAAGAUCAAGAUGAAGCAAUCAAGAUUAGUAACGAGGAGCUUGAGUCUAUGCUAGAUGAGGUUGACGCUGUACUUCCAGCUUGGAAGCUAUACACAACAUGUGCCCGAAAGCUACCAGAGAUUCUAUCCGGAGAGCUAGACCCUCUACAGGUAGUAUUUGAGUCUGACCAGGCCGACAUCUUCUACUCAGAUCUCUUCCGGAAUCUCUGCGCUGAUGAUCAGCUCAAUUAUCUCCUUGACUUGGCAUCGCAUGAGAAUCCAACUCUGAGAGUUCUAGAAGUUGGUGCUGGCACAGGUGGUAUGACGGGACAUGUCAUAUCAGCUCUACAAGAACGUGAGAAGCUCACUGGAGGACUGGCGUUCUCAGAGUAUACCUACACGGACAUAUCACCUGCUUUCUUUGAAACUGCAGGUCAGAGAUGGCCAGAGCUCAAGUCCCAAGGCCGCAUCACUUUCAAGACACUCGAUCUAGACCGAAGUAUUGAUAGCCAAGAUUUUGAGCCUGGUUCUUAUGACUUGGUCAUCGCGGCCAGUGUGCUUCAUGCUACCCCAUACCUAGAAGCCACGAUACGCAAUGUUCGCAAAGCUCUGAAGUCGGGUGGUCGUCUCAUCCUCCUAGAGGUUAUCAAUCCCGAUGACAUCGCUACCAACUUCAUGGCUGGCCUUGUGCCAGGCUGGUGGGUUGCUCGCGAGGAGUGGAGACCGCAUUCUGCUGCUAUACCAGAGCAUCUUUGGGAUAAGUGUCUCAAGGACAAUGGCUUCUCAGGGAAUGACUUGGUGAUUCGAGACUAUCAAGAUGAUCAGUGUCAUAUUAUGAGUGUCAUCGUCACCACUGCCAGUGAGCCUGAGCAAGCAGUUGAGCAAAAGGCAAGAAAAGGCCGUCUGGUCAUGCUCACUAGUGACGAGGCGUCGACGAAAGAGACGGGGCUUGCAGAUCAAGUUCGUACACUUGUUGAUCCAACACUAGAGCGGCGUACAGUCAUCGUUCCAUUCUCACUAGGCCCAGUUCAUGAGGAGCUGGCCAAUUCGACAAGUGACGAUCUUGUCAUUUGCCUCGCCGAAGCUGGAGACAAGCGUAUCCUCUCGAAUCUCUCGGAAGAACAGUUUGGUAGCCUUCAGUUUAUGAUCAGAAAAGUCUCGAACCUUCUCUGGGUCACCUCAGCCAGCAUCAGCGACCCAAUGUGUCCAGAAUACAGUGUCGCUCAGGGCUUCUUCCGCUCCAUCCGCGCUGAGCAGCCUGAAACUCGUAUUGUCACCCUAGCAAUGGACGGCGACAUGGCCCCAGCGUCACAGCCAGACUUCAUCUCAAAAGUCUACAAAGCUGCUUUCGAUACUGAAACUCCGUCAAAAGAGGUUGAGUACAUUGUUCGAGAUGGUGUCACCACCACAGGCCGCGCGGUUCGAGAUAUGAGAACUAAUACGGCACUACGAUCCCUUGUUUCCAAACAACUGCAACAAAAACCUUGGGGCGAAGGGCCAACGUUAAAGCUUGGUAUUAGCCAGCCAGGAUCACUCGAGUCACUUCAGUUUGUGGAAGACCAGUCCCAUGCGGAGGAACUUGGCCCUUCUGAUGUAGAAAUCGAAGCGAAGGCCUGGGGUCUAACCUCUCGCGAUCUUGACAUUGCCCUUGGUCACCCUGAGAAGCGAACUAAGGAAUUCGGCAGUGAUUGCGUUGGUGUUGUCACCCGUAUUGGGAAGAACUGCAACAAUACCAUUCGGCUAGGGGAUCGCGUGGCUAUGAUCUCUGUUGGUUGCAUGAGGAAGUAUCCUAGUGCCGACGAAAGAGGCGUCUGUAAGAUCCCUGACUCGCUCAGCUUCGAAGAUGCUGUUUCGCUCACAAUUCCCGGAUUGACUGCCUGCCAUUCAGUUCUCAAUAUUGCACGCGUACAAGAGAAUGAAAAGGUAUUGAUUCACUCGGCUGCAAGUAGUGCAGGUCAGAUUGCGGUCAAACUUGCCCAGACAAGGGGCGCUCAAGUGUUUGCUACUGUGUCAACAGUGGCUGAGAAGCAAUUGCUGAUAGACACCGUGGGUAUGAGCACAGAAAAUAUCUUUGACAGUAGAUCUCCAUGUCUUUUUCAAGAUGUGAUGGGAGUCACGGAAGGAGAAGGUGUUGAUAUACUGCUUGACUUUUCCCGGGGCAUACCACGCACACCACUCUCUUCCGUAUCUGAUGACGGGCGAAUUGUCAGCCUUGGUGGUUUUGAUACGUCAGAGACUCCUUCGCUGGCUGCAGAGGUCAUGUCAAGAAAUCUCACCUUCUCUUUCAUCGAUGUCAUGCGUUUGAAGCCCAAAGUCUUAACCCAACUGGCAAAAACAAUGAUGCAGCUCCUAGCUGAAGAUAAAAUCCAAACGCCCCAGCAAUUACCAGUCUACAAGAUAUCUGACAUCAAAGACGGCUUCAGGAAACUGCAAGACGAUACCAUCGAGCGUGCGAUAGUAACAGCAGAACAAGGGGAUGUAGUUCCGCAAUUUGUUCAAGAUCGCCGCCUAUGGACAUUCGAUGGUGAUUCCAGCUAUUUAGUAGCCGGUGGAUCUGGAGGUCUCGGUCGAGCCAUUAUUAGAUGGAUGGCUGACAGGGGAGCUAAACACCUGAUUAUCCCCUCUCGAUCGGGUGCAACAUCUGAAGCAGCUGCACAGCUGGUAGCCGAGCUGGCAUCCCGCGGCGUUAAUAUUGUUGCGCCCAAGUGCGAUGUAUCUGUUCGCGAAGAUGUCGCAGUCAUGCUGAAAGAAUGCUCUCACACCAUGCCUCCCAUCAAGGGCUGCAUCAACGCCGCAAUGGUUCUUCAAGAUGCCAUAUUUCAGAGCAACAUGACAUUCCAACAGUGGCAACUCACCAUACGCUCCAAGAUACACACUUCUAAGAACUUGCACGAACUACUUCCCAGGGAUCUCGACUUCUUCAUUCUACUCUCCUCUCUUGCCGGUGUCGUUGGUCAGAUGGCCAGUGCAAAUUAUGCUGGGGGCUGCGCGUAUCAAGAUGCACUAGCCAGAUAUCGGAGGGCGCAUGCUCAGAAUGCGCUGUCUCUUGACAUCGGAUGGAUGAGUAACAUCGGCAUCAUUGCUGAGAAAGAGGCGUAUCAACGGCAGAGACAGACGUCGAAUGAUAUGCAGCCCAUCGAUGACAAGGAGUUACUUGCUUUGCUCACUCUAUGUUGCGACCCGAAUAAUCAGAUUGAGCUGCCGCCACUGUCUGAGGGACAAGUCCUUUUUGGUCUGCGAACACCCGCAGAUAUCCUCAGUGAAGGCCAGCAACCUCCAGCUCUUCUCGAACGACCUCUCCUCAGCGCAUUCUCAUUCUUAGCAGGCAACAACAAUACACCAACCCAAGCUGUUGACCACGCCGAGAACGCGAGAGAUGUCUUCCAAAAGUCUACAGAUGCGGGAGAGCGACAGAGAGUUGUCAUACGGGCUAUAGCUGCCAAGCUUGCGCGAGCCAUGUCCAUCUCGCCUGAUGACGUUGAGCCGAGCAAGCCACUGUCGUCGUACGGAGUAGACUCGCUGAUGGCGGUUGAGUUGAGGAAUUGGAUUAACAAGGAGUUUAACUCUACGGUGGCUGUGUUCGAUAUCAUUGGCAGUAUAUCUAUUGCCGGGGUCGCAGAGGUCGUUGAGACGCGAAGCUCGAUUUGA